GGGCGCGCAGGCUCAGUCAGGAAUCAUUUCCACACCGCCAGCAGACGGCGAUAUCGACGUCAUUACUUUCGCGGGGACUUCUCCUCUUUGCCCAACGGUGUUUUACCAAAUCUCUUUUCAUGGCGUCCUCCUGUGUGUGGCACCAACUUUUACUACAUACAUGAAUUAUUGGUUGAGCAUCCAGUCGUCUGAUUGGUUUGGGAGAAGUUGGGAGUUGGGUUUAGGCUUCUAGGACGCACGAUAGAUACGAGACGGAACUUUAAAGAUGAGAGGAAAGGUUCGGAAGUUCAAGCGCGAACAAACUUUGCUGCAGGCUAUGUCUCCAAUGUCUAUUGAAAUCAUAGCUGUUCUUUGAAAUAUAUUUAGAUGUUUGACUCAUGGUGCUCAGAGACCGUACCCCUCCACAUCCCUGCUAACAAAUCGUAGUUAUUUUUGUUUAGCUGAUGUCUCUGAGAGCGUUUGGAAAUUUCAAAUGCCUUGUGCUAUUUGUGGGAUUGGCCCUCAUUUCUGCCUCCUCCUCCUCCUCCUCCUUUUCCCUCCUCCUCCUCCUCCUCCGGUGUGUUCUCCCUCUAUGGUCCUCUAGUCACCUGACCAAAACGCCAUGCAAAUCACUCUGCUGUUAGAGCCCCAUUGGCCGCUUGUGGCUCAUUUAACGCUGUCAGUGCGCAUCAUAUGGCCGCCGCUUUAAACCAACUUCUUAACUCCGACAGGGAAAGUGGCUCCAAUGCGCAUUCUAUCACAGUGGAUGUGAACCAACCCAGACGACGACAGUGCGAAAUACUGGUUGGAGAACAUUUUAUAUCCCUUUUCGGAAUAUUUUUCGUCUCGUGUUUAAAUCUGUGGGGGGUUAGAAUUUCAACUCUGUUCCCUGGUCAACCUGUGCGCACCCGAUCUCGUGCGCACCCAUCUUGAAAUUGACUUUUUCUCUGUUGGUGGCGAAGUUUAAAACCAGGUGAAUGUAUAGCAUGAUGAUGGAAACAGACCUGCAUUCCCCUGGCCCCCAAACGAACACGGCCACGGGGCAAACGGGGCCAAAUAGCGGGUCCAAAGCGAAUCAGGAGCGGGUGAAGAGACCGAUGAACGCGUUCAUGGUGUGGUCCCGUGGGCAGCGGAGGAAGAUGGCCCAAGAGAACCCCAAAAUGCACAACUCUGAGAUCAGCAAACGGCUGGGCGCCGAGUGGAAGGUGAUGUCCGAGGCUGAGAAGCGCCCUUUCAUCGACGAGGCGAAGCGGUUGCGAGCCAUGCACAUGAAGGAGCAUCCGGAUUACAAGUACCGGCCAAGAAGGAAGACCAAGACGCUGCUGAAAAAGGACAAAUAUUCCCUUGCCGGUGGACUGCUUUCCGGGCCCGGUGGAGGUGGUGGAGUUGGUUUAGGAGUCGGAAUGAGUUCAUCCGGGGUUGGGCAGAGGUUAGAGAGCCCCGGGGGUCACGGAGGCUCCGCCGGCUCCGGCUACGCGCACAUGAACGGCUGGGCGAACGGUGCGUACUCGGGGCAGGUGGCUGCCGCUGCGGCUGCCGCGGCGAUGAUGCAGGAGGCGCAGCUUGCCUACAGCCAGCACCCGGGGAGCGGAGCGCACCACCACCACCACUCGCACCACCAUCACUCACACAACCCCCAGCCCAUGCACCGCUACGACAUGACAGCGCUGCAGUACAGCCCCAUCUCAAACUCUCAGAGCUACAUGAACGCUUCUCCAUCCGGCUACGGCGGGAUCACCUAUACACAGCACCAGGGCUCCGGCGUCACUUCCUCAGCCACCAUGGGGACGUUAGGGUCGCUGGUGAAGUCGGAGCCGAGUCUACCACGCUUUAUGGCGCCACACGGACCUAAUUCACCGAAACGCAGCACAAAUGUCCAAAAAAUUUCUCCGUUGCUGGAAUAACAUCAGCACUGGAACUUUUUGUCAAGAGCAAACUGUCCAUCACGGCUAUCACCAGUGGACAUGGAUCACUGAGGGGCCUGUGAUUAACAGAUAGCACCUCGUCUCCUCUGCUGGCAGGCCGUCAUUAUGACGAGCACUAGAACAUAGGUGCUGUGGGCGAAAAGACCUUCAGGAAAAUGUCAGCGACAGUCAGAGCCACAAAUUCCAUUCAAUCACUCUUUCCCGUGUGAUAAUAACUCCUCUUAACCCCCUAAAUCACGCAACGUAGAUUUUAUUUUAUCUUUAUCUUAUGUUGGGUCAGCCGUGAAAAUCAUCAACAAAAAAAUAACUAAACAAACGACCACAACGCUACAUUUCCCAUCCCAGCAAAGACAAUAAACGGCUCCCGUUCCCUUCUAGUGGAGCCAGCUUCACUCCCUUAAUACUCUUAGUCCCUCAGCUGGCAUGUUUUCCAAGAACCCGCUGCAUUUUGAGAUUUGUAAAAUCCGUCAAAAUGCCUGUAAUGAAUAUUUCUACAGCCUUGAGUGUAUUUAAUGUGUGGUGUGACCAGCCCAAUAAGAAACGUGCACUGAUCUGGCACGGGGGACCAGAGCAUCAGCAGAGAAAAGCCUCCGUCAGUAUGGAAACAGGUCGCUUUCAUUUGGAAAAACACUUCUUUUGUCAACAGAAGCAGAAAGGAAAUAAACAUUUAUUAUUUGCAUAUCAUCGUAGUGGCCAUUAGGAUCUUUCGAGUGCAUGAAGUGACAUAUGAAUAUUUCUCUUUUCCAUUUUCAAAAAAAGAAACCACUAGUUUUCUUCAUGAUUAACCAUCCCCGUCUUUUACUCUCUAACACUUUUAUUGUGCAAUCUGUUUUACUGAUGUGUUAGCUUCAGCUGAGAAAAAAAAGAAUACAUAUUAAAUAAAAUCUUGCGUCUUA